UCUCACACUAUAUAUAUGCAAAUUAUUUCUCAUGAAUCUUUUUUUUUUAUUUUAUCUUAGCCAUCUAAACGGUCAAAUAAUAUCUAGAAGUCCAUAACAAGUUAACAACAACAUGGAUGAAAAGCAACCUGAGCCAAAGCAACCAGAAGAAGGACAAGACACUCCAACACAAGAAGCUAAUGUUAUGGACCAAAACAAACCCAACCCAUUCAUGACAACAAACACUCAAAUAGCUGGUGGUUCUUCCACUUCAUGCUACCCAAGAGGGCAACUCUACCCUCACCAACAAAUCCACCAGCUCCAACAACAACAUCUGGAAAGACGAAUUGACAACUUCUGGAAAACUCAAUCCCAGGAAAUUGAGAACACCAAUGAUUUCAACCAUGCAUUACCUCUGGCGAGGAUCAAGAAGAUCAUGAAAGCUGAUGAUGAAGUGAAGAUGAUAGCUGCUGAGGCUCCUAUUCUGCUGUCGAAGGCAUGCGAGAUGUUCAUUAAGGAGCUGACAACGAGGGCUUGGGUGAAUGCAGAGGAGAACAAGAGGAGGACUCUUCUAAAGAGUGACUUUGCAUCCGCAAUCUCAAGGACUGAUGUGUAUGAUUUCCUUGUUGAUAUUGUCCCGAGGAAUGAGACAAUGGAGCAUGAUGUAUAUGCUGGGAUUGGGAUGCCACCAAUGAGGGGAAAUGUUGCUAAUGUUGUUCAAAAUGUUCCUCCUCCUCUUGGUCCUCCUCAUCCUUACUACUAUAUGCCAUCACCUGCUUCUCAACAUUUUGGUGCUGCAAUUCCUCCAAGAAUGGUUAUGGCAAGGCCUCCUUUUGCUCAUCCUAUUUACAUGCAGCAGCCACCAUAUCCUUAUGGUCUUCAAGUAAUGCAUCCAGCCCCACAAAAUCUGAUGAUGAAAAAUUCUCCAGACUCUGAUGAUCAGAACAAAAAAUAGUUAUUCCAGUCAUUAGCUUUCAGUAAAGCUACCCGCCCUCAUCUUGAAUUUCCCCUUAAAUUGUAUGUUAAGAACAUGCUAGUCUUUAUGCCAAUUUAAAUAAAAGUAUGAAAAUUUUCUCAAUAACAAUUUCAGGGAUAACACACCAACAUAGCUUUGUUUAUUUAUUCAUUUCCAUACUAAUUAAAUUGAUGGGUACCAUCUUAACAAACUCAACAAUUUAUAUGUGUUGCAAGGAACUAUAUAAAUAUGGGGUUUAGAUUUCAAACCAUCACCGUCCCAAGGAAAU